GCAUGCAGCCAGAUCUCAGCUGGUGCUGUCUGAUCACCAUCGGGGUCCCAGUGUUCAUCAGGAUGUCUGGGAAGCAGGUGCCUCUGCUCAGACGCUGCCGGCAAUCACCGUGAUCACCUCGGGCACGACUGCUUACAGCUCUCUGCUCAGGUGAGGCACGAUUUAACCCCUCUGUUUUCAGCUUGGCAAGAUGGUGACCAUCAAGGUGAUGCUACUGGGCAGUGAGCUGGUGGGAAAGACCUCCCUCAUCGUCUGCCUGACAACCCGUAUCUUCCCGCGGGACAGCCUGCCCACCGUCUUCGACACCUUCAGCACCCAGCUGACGGUGAACGAGCGGACGGUGGUGCUCAACGUAUGGGACACGGCGCCCCAGGAGGAACACCUGCUCUCCGUCCGCCAGUUCUACUAUCCCCUCACCGAUGUCUUCAUCAUCUGCUUCUCCAUCGGCGACCCCACGUCCUUCGAGCGCGUUUGGAGCGACUGGUACUCCGAGGUACACCAGCACCGGCCCAACGUGCCCGUCCUCCUGGUGGGCACCAAGAAGGACCUAAGACAGGACUCGGACACCGUCCACGGGCUUCUGCAGCGGCAGGCAGCCCCUAUCACCUACCAGCAGGGCGCCCGGCUGGCCCGACGCAUGAGGGCCGCCAAGUACCUCGAGUGCUCGGCACUGUUGCGGGAGGGCGUGAGGGAGGUCUUUGAGGAGGCGGUGCGUGCCGUCCUGCACAGGGGGCGCACUAAACGAGCCAGGAGCUGUGUGCUGACAUGAUGCCGGGGAGUGUGGGGGGGGUCAGGGCCGACACAGCCCCACCCCCCACCAGCGCCAGUGUGAGGGGGAGCACUGAAGCUGGUGAGGUGUGGGGGAGGAGGUCUCAGUCUCUGGAGAGGACCAGCACAAGAUUCCGGUUAUUUAUCACGAGUAAAUCCAGACGUUCCAGUGAAAUGCAUUGUUUGCAUCAACAGCCAGCGCACCUCUAAAGAUGUGCUGGGGGCAGCCCACAAGAGUAUCGCCAUGCGUUUUGGUGCCAACGUGGUACGCCUAGUAUGUCCAGCAGAACAACGCAAGCAGCAACAACAGUGAAACAAACCCUUUUCCCACCCUCCCACCCAGUCACAUGUACUGACAGGCUUCCAAUCCCAGGACAGAUUGCGUCCGGGCCCCAGGGUGCCUGUGAGUCUCAGACUCGUAGAAUCCGGGCCCCAGGGUGCCCGUGAGCCUCAGACUCGUAGACUCCAGGCCUCUAACCACUGGGCCUCAGGGUGCCUGUGAGCCUCAGACUCGUAGACUCCGGGCCCCUAACCCGCUGGGCAAACCAACCCUGACCAUUAGACCUUUGGGCCUCUACCUCCCGCCUUGCCAACUUCGGACUUUAACCUUUGGGCUUUUACCUCCGGACCUCAGCGACCUCUGGGUGUCAACCCCAGGACUCACAGAUCACGAGUCUUUGACCUACAGGCUUCCACUUCUGGACUUGCAUGGACCGUCGAUUCCAGCGACCUAGCGGACACAUGAUUCCGCCGGUACGGAUCUCAAGCGCGGCAAUCGCAGACCUGCCAACGCAGCCUCCAGGGAGUGGGUUUCCAUGGACACCAUUGCUGGUGGAGGGGUGGGGGAGACGUCUGCUUCCCAUACAUGCCAGGGACACCGGAGAGCAGAGCACAGUGCUGGAAUUGUCCUCAGUGGCAUCACCAGCUUCCAUUGGCCAACGGACCACUCACCCUGCCAGCAAGCCAGCCUCCUCACAGUCAUAGAGCAAUACAGGCCCUUCUGCCCGUCCGGUCCAUGCUGACCAUGGUGCCCCCCGCCCAAUUUCCUCUGUUUGGUCCUUAUCCCCCCCACCCACCCCUCCAUGUACCCAUCCAAAUGCUUCUUAAAUGAUAAUUCUUCAACCACUCCCCCCACAGCUCAUUCCCCUCUGUGUGAAAAAAUUGCCCCUGAAGUCCCUUUUCCCUCUCUUCACCCCGAGUUUUGGAGUCUCCUACUCAGGAACAGAUUCUUCGGCCCACGGUGUUAGAACACAGAACAGUGCGAAUCAGAGUGGAGUAAUGGUGAGUGCGACACGAUCACAGCUCGGGCCACCAGAGUCUGAAGUUCCAUUCCAGCACCAUCUGUAAGGAAGUUUGUACGUUCUUCCCGCGGGAGCCUGGGUUUCCUCCAGGUUCCCCAGUUUGCUGGAGGUUGAUAGAUUCCUGAUUAGUCAGUGUCAAAGGUUACGGGGAGAAGGUAGAAGAAUGGGAUUGAGAGGGAUAGUAAAUCAACCUGGAUGGAAUGGCGGAGCAGGCUCGGUUGGAGCAGAUGGCCCAGUUUGGCUCCUCUGCCUUAUGAUCUCAUGGUCUUUCCGGCUAUAGUUCAAAGACAUUUAUUUAGCCAGAGGGUGGUGAACCUGUGGAAUUCUUUGCCACAGGCGGCUGUGGAGGCCAAGUCGUUGGGUAUAUUUAAGGCGGAGGGUGGCAGGUUCUUGAUUAGUCGGGGUAUCAAAGGUUACAGGGAUAAACCAGGAGAAUGGGGUUGAGAGGGAUAAUAAAUCAGCCAUGAUGGGCAAAUAGCUACUUCUGCUCCUGUGUCUUAUGGUCUUAUUUAUUAAUCUGUGUUGCCCAAUUACAACCAGGUGACAAAUUAACCUACUAACCUGUGCAUCGGAACGUAAGACGACACCAUUUCUGCCCUGGAAGAAGUGCUGUCUGUCCACUGUACAGGUGCCUCUUAUCAAAUUGUACAUCUCUCAUCCUCCUUUGCUCCAAAGAGAAAAGCCCUAGCUCACCCAACCUCUCCUCAUAAAACACACUCUCUAAUCCAAGCAGCUUCCUGGUGAAUCUCACUCACAACACGCUGGAGGAACUCAGCAGGUCAGGCAGCAUCCGUGGAAAAGAUCGGUCGAUGUUUUGGGCCGGAUCCCUUCGUCCUGGUAAAUCUCUUCUGCACCCGCUCUAAAGCUUCCACAUCCUUCCUAUAAUGAAGCAACCAGAACUGAACACAAUAUUCCAAGUGUGGUCUAACCAGGGUUUUAUAGAGCUGCAACAUUACCUCACAGCUCUUGAAUUCAGUCCGGUGACUGAUGAAGACAAACACAACAUACGUACAAGAACUCCUGCAGAUGC